CCGCGGCCCCUGGCGCCCCCCGGCCGUCCGCGGAGGGGCUCGCUGCCCGCUGGGGCCGGCUGGCAGAACACAGAUCUGUUUGAGAUGAUUGAGAAGAUGCAGGGAAGCAGGAUGGAUGAACAGCGAUGCUCCUUCCCACCACCCCUCAAAACGGAGGAGGACUACAUUCCCUACCCGAGCGUCCAUGAGGUCCUAGGGCGAGAAGGACCUUUCCCCCUCAUCCUGCUGCCCCAGUUCGGGGGCUACUGGAUUGAAGGCACCAACCACGAAAUCACCAGCAUCCCGGAGACAGAGCCACUGCAAUCACCCACGACCAAGGUGAAGCUCGAGUGUAACCCCACCGCCCGCAUCUACCGGAAGCAUUUUCUUGGCAAGGAGCAUUUCAAUUACUACUCACUGGACACUGCCCUGGGCCACCUUGUCUUCUCACUCAAGUAUGAUGUCAUCGGGGACCAGGAACACCUCCGGCUGCUGCUCAGGACCAAGUGCCGGACACACCAUGAUGUCAUCCCCAUCUCCUGCCUCACUGAGUUCCCCAAUGUGGUCCAGAUGGCAAAGCUGGUGUGUGAAGAUGUGAAUGUGGAUCGAUUUUACCCUGUGCUCUACCCCAAGGCUUCCCGCCUCAUCGUCACCUUUGACGAGCAUGUUAUCAGCAAUAACUUCAAGUUUGGAGUCAUAUAUCAGAAGCUGGGACAGACCUCCGAGGAAGAGCUCUUCAGCACCAAUGAGGAAAGCCCAGCCUUCGUGGAGUUUCUCGAAUUUCUGGGCCAGAAGGUCAAACUGCAGGACUUUAAAGGGUUCCGAGGAGGCCUGGACGUGACCCACGGGCAGACGGGGACCGAGUCUGUGUACUGCAACUUCCGCAACAAGGAGAUCAUGUUUCACGUGUCCACCAAGCUGCCCUACACAGAAGGGGACGCCCAGCAGUUGCAGCGAAAGCGGCACAUCGGGAACGACAUUGUCGCUGUAGUCUUCCAGGACGAGAACACACCCUUUGUGCCUGACAUGAUCGCAUCCAACUUCCUGCAUGCCUAUGUGGUGGUGCAGGCCGAGGGCGGGGGGCCUGACGGCCCGCUCUACAAGGUCUCUGUCACUGCUAGAGACGACGUGCCCUUCUUCGGGCCCCCCCUCCCGGACCCCGCUGUGUUCAGGAAGGGGCCUGAGUUCCAGGAAUUUUUGCUGACAAAGCUGAUCAAUGCGGAAUAUGCCUGCUACAAGGCAGAGAAGUUUGCCAAACUGGAGGAGCGGACCCGGGCCGCCCUCUUGGAGACGCUCUAUGAGGAACUGCACAUCCACAGUCAGUCCAUGAUGGGCCUGGGCGGUGACGAGGACAAGAUGGAGAAUGGCGGCGGUGGCGGCGGCUUCUUCGAGUCUUUUAAGCGGGUCAUCCGGAGCCGCAGCCAGUCCAUGGACGCCAUGGGACUAAGCAACAAGAAGCCCAAUACCGUGUCCACCAGCCACAGCGGCAGCUUUGCCCCCAACAACCCCGACCUGGCCAAGGCCACUGGAAUAUCACUGAUCGUCCCUGGAAAGAGCCCCACGAGGAAGAAGUCGGGCCCGUUUGGCUCACGCCGUAGCAGUGCCAUCGGGAUCGAGAAUAUCCAGGAGGUGCAGGAGAAAAGGGAGAGUCCCCCCGCCGGCCAGAAGACCCCAGACAGCGGGCACGCCUCACAGGAGCCCAAGUCGGAGAACUCAUCCACUCAGAGCUCCCCAGAGAUGCCCACGACCAAGAACAGAGCGGAGACGGCGGCCCAGAGAGCGGAAGUGCUGAAGGACUUCUCCCGCUCCUCGUCCAGCGCCAGCAGCUUCGCCAGCGUGGUGGAGGAGGCCGAGGGCGUGGACGCGGACGACACAGGCCUGGAGAGCGUCUCGUCCUCAGGGACGCCUCACAAACGGGACUCCUUCGUCUACAGCACGUGGCUGGAGGAUAGUGUCAGCACCACGAGCGGGGGCAGCUCCCCAGGCCCCUCGCGGUCACCCCAUCCCGACGCCGGCAAGUCGGGGGACCCUGCGUGUCCCGAGAUCAAGAUCCAGCUGGAAGCAUCUGAGCAGCACACACCCCAGCUGAUGAGGCUGCAGAAGCACAAGGUGAAGAUGCUGUGUCGAGUCCAGGUGGAUAGGACCUCUGCCCCCAAGGCCAGCACCAGCCUAUGGGUUGCCCCCUGCCCCCACCUUGGCCACCCGUCUGGGCUGUCUCUGCGGGGCGGAGCCAUCCAGACCUGGGAGCGGGAAGCUGCUGGCAUCAUCCCCAUCCCUGAAGCUGGGGCAGGCCAUCGUCAGUUGAAGCAGAACGCUGGGCCUGGCUUGUCCCCACUCCGGGCCCUUCAUCACACCUGGGUACCCCUCUGGACUCGGGGAGCAAAUUGGGAGGAGCGGAUUGAGAAAUCUCAGUGCAUACAGAGCCUACCGUGGAGGCAGCGGGAUGUGAAAUAUGGUGGAAUGAGCACUGGGCUGGGAGUCCUGAGUCCUGGCUUCCAAUUUGGGUUCUGCUGUGUGACUUUUGGGCAAGUCACUGUGCCUCUCUGGGUACCUCUGUUGCACAUGGACGAGAUUAUUUCAGAGGUCAUUGAAGACUGCGAUUCCAUGCACCUGCCCCAGAAUGGGGGCUUACCCUCCUAGGGGUCCCCCAUCGCCCUACCUUGCUUCUUGGGUCCCCUGGGACCCCAGGUGGGCUGAGGGACUGGGAGCUGCCUAUGCCUGUUGCCCCUCCUGGACCCUCAAGCUCUCCCACAGAUCUGCCGAUGCCCUGUCCACUGCCUCCACCUGACAAGUGACCCCCUUAGGGGGAAGAGGGACCUACCUGGCUUCUCAGCCAGCACCCAGCUUAACCCCUGCCAUCCCAUGCUCUGGGCACUCCAGGUUGAGGGGUCUCAGCUGGCCUAGAGUUAUGGGCCUCGCCUUUGCGCCCCCCCCAACUCCCACGGAGGGGCGGCCAGGCACAGCUGCUGUGAGUCCACAUCCUUGUGUGUGUCUGUCCACACUUUUUAGGCACCACGCCAAAGGCCAGCCUUCCAGCCCCUACACCCAUUUUGGAAGCCCCCGUGGCUGUGUGUAUGUCAGUAACAGUUGUACAAAAUAAAUUCUAUUUAUCGCUAUUGUA